AUGGCCACCACCCACACCUAUCCAACCCUAACUAUCCCCACCACCCUUCUCCUCCUCCUCCUUCACUACCACCUUCUCCCUCACACUACCUCACUCUCUUUGGUGCAUGCAACUCAUGAGGGAGCAGUGCAAGGAGAAGCACGAGUAGAGGGAGCCGACGACGUCGGGAGCGGGCGCCGCAAGGAGUUGGUCCCCGCGAUGUUCGCCUUCGGAGACUCCCUCAUCGACAACGGCAACAACAACAACCUCCCCUCCUUCGCCAAGGCCAACUACUACCCUUACGGCGUCGACUUCGCCGCCGGCCCCACCGGGAGGUUCUCCAAUGGCUACACCAUUGUUGAUGAGAUUGCUAAUCUUCUUGGGCUUCCUCUGAUUCCGCCGUACUCUGAAGCUGCCGGCGAUGAUCAACUCCACGGCGUCAACUACGCGUCCGCCGCCGCCGGAAUUCUCGACAUCACCGGCCGGAAUUUCGUGGGUCGGAUACCGUUCAACGAACAGAUCAAGAACUUGGAGACGACGCUGGACCGGAUCACCAACGACCUGGGGGCGGACGCGGCGGCGGACGCCAUCGGGCGCUGCAUCUUCUUCGUGGGGAUGGGGAGCAACGACUACCUCAACAACUAUCUCAUGCCCAACUACGACACCAGGAGCCGAUACAACGGGGAGCAGUUUGCCGAGCUCCUCGUCCAGCAGUUCGCUCGCCAACUCACUAGCCUGUACAACCUUGGAGCCCGGAAAUUGGUGGUGUCCGGGGUGGGGUCCAUGGGCUGCAUACCGAGCAUGCUCGCGCGGGACCCACACAGCCGUUGCUCCCCGGACGUUGACCGCCAGCUCAUCCUCCCCUUCAACUCCAAAGUCAGGUCAACGGUCAACGCCCUCAACGUCGACCUCCCCCAUGCAAAGCUCAUCUACGUCGACAUCUACGCCAUGUUCACCGAUAUCCUCACAAGCCCCGCAUCGUACGGGUUCAGCGUGACCGACAGGGCCUGCUGUGGGAUCGGGCAGAACGCAGGGGAGAUCACGUGCCUGCCGUUCCAGACGCCUUGCGCGAACAGAGAUGAGUAUGUGUUCUGGGAUGCAUUUCACCCCACAGCAGCAGUGAACAUCAUUCUGGCAAAGCAGGCAUUCUAUGGGAGCCCUAAUGUCGUCUUCCCCAUCAACAUUCUCCAGCUCGCCAACCUUGAACUUGACCCUAAACCCUGAAUCCUAAACCCUAAACCCUAACAUAAUGU